GUUCCGGAUAUUCUUACAACAUAAGGCAAGAGAGUUCCGCAUUUACAAGAUCAUCAAGUGCACCGAGGAAUACACAUCCAAGAUAUGCAGUGGAGAUGGAUUGGGACAUGAACGGUACCAGAAAUAUCUUGCUCAAAUAUUUGACAGAGGGUCAGGCUUUGGCCUGA